AUGUUGGCCCGGCGCGAGCUCCUCGUCCGCUUUGCCGUCCUCUUCAUCGGCUACGGCUUCACAACGUUCUGCCGGCGAGUCGUCUUCAUCUUUCUCCAGGCUCUCCACGAUGACCUGGGGGUGGAUAAGGGGAGACUCGAUGAAUUUGAGUGGAGACUAGCAGCUCUGAUUCAACCAACAAAAGUGCCGACGUCUAGC